ACCCUCUCAGCCACCCCUGCUGUCAGCGCUUACCCGACGGGGGCAGCUCGCAGCUUGAGCCGAGAUAGAGAGAGAGAAAUAUGGUUGGCAAUAUGUGCGGUCGCAAGCUGGCUCGCCGCUCCAAAUCAGCGCUGAUAGUCGCGCUGACAGUUCUCCUGGUUCAGACGCUGAUCGUGUGGAACUUUAGUACCCUGGAUACCGGGGAAGAAGCGGGCGAAGGUGCCAAUAGUAGGCGGGAGAAGAGGGACCAAGUCGGGGGCAUCAACAAAGCCUACAGGCAGUACCCCCGGAGCGGACUGCCAAAGAGGCAUCACCAACCUCCGCUUGGGAAAACGGCUGUCCGACACAAGCAACAACCGGAGGGCUACCACUCCUGGCGUCCCAAGGAGAAAGUCCUCCUGGAUAGUAACAACAAUGAGAACUCGGUCCCCAAAGACUUUGACACUGUUGUUGACGGCAACAGCAACCUUGGGGCGCGGUCUCAGCGCCAGCGAAUGGCAGGAAACACCGCCAAACACAAACCGGACAAGGCCCUAAGGCAAGGCAUUCUGGGAAAGGCCUUUCCCAAUGAGGUCAACGAGGUUAUUCAGCAGUACCCUCUUCCUCCACAGCAGCCCGGAGGAGCAGGACCUAAAGAUUACCACGCAUACAAACGACCCAAACCACACUCCCAGCUGUCCACUAAACCCACUAGACCUUCCCCCUCUCCCUCCAUCAAAACAUCCAAUCAGCAUCAGCGACAUCACCAACCCAGGAAGUCGGCGACUGCGGCUCCUGUGCGCGGGCAGCGGAGGGAGAAGCACCAGUGUGAGAUCAGUGGGAAGGAGGCCAUCUCGGCUCUGUCGAGAGCCAAGACCAGGGAGUGUCGUCAGCAGAUAGCUGAGGUGUACUGCAGACACAAGGAGAGGACACUGAUGCCGGAGACCGUCCCUCGAUACUGCACCAUAGAAGGUAAGGCCAAUGUGAAUGUACAGUGGGAUGAGGGCUCAGAGCAGACUGCCCCUGCUGUGCCAGUUCGCAUCGUCUUCGUCUUGGUGGUCCAUGGCAGAGCGUCUCGGCAGUUCCAACGCCUGUUCAAGGCCAUCUACCAUACCUCACACUACUACUAUAUACAUGUAGACCAGCGAUCCAACUACCUCCACAGACAGGUGGGGGCUCUAGCGAGCCAGUACUCCAACGUCCGUGUUACUUCCUGGAGGAUGUCCACCAUUUGGGGCGGGGCGAGCUUGCUCACCAUGUACCUGCGUAGCAUGGACGACCUUCUCAAGAUGGCCGACUGGAAUUGGGACUUCUUCAUCAACCUCAGUGCAGCCGACUACCCUAUCAGGACCAAUGAGCAGCUGGUGGGCUUCCUGACAAAGUACCGGGACAUGAACUUCAUCAAAUCCCACGGCAGAGACAACACACGAUUCAUCCGUAAGCAGGGUCUGGACCGGCUCUUCUUCGAGUGUGACACACACAUGUGGCGCCUAGGCGACCGCAAGAUCCCAGAAGGCAUUGCGGUGGACGGAGGUUCCGAUUGGUUCCUUCUGAACCGCAUGUUUGUGGAUUACAUCAUCAACUCUGAAGAUGAGCUGGUCGUCAGCAUGAAGCGCUUCUACGCAUACACACUGCUGCCUGCCGAGUCGUUCUUCCACACAGUGCUAGAGAACAGUGCUCACUGUGAGAGUAUGGUGGACAACAACCUGCGUAUCACCAACUGGAACAGGAAGCUGGGCUGUAAGUGUCAGUACAAACACAUCGUAGACUGGUGCGGCUGCUCCCCCAACGACUUCAAACCUCCUGACCUGCCACGCUUUCAGCAAACGUCCAGGCCUACGUUUUUCGCCCGUAAAUUUGAGGCUAGCGUGAACCAGGAGAUUGUUACCCAGCUGGACAGCUUCCUGUUUGGCCCUUAUCCACAGGAGACCCCAGGGCUCCAGUCGUACUGGGAGAAUGUGUACGAUGAGACGGACAGCGUUGCCAGCCUAUCAGACAGCCAGCUCACUCACUACCACGCCUUCACACGCAUGGGCCUAUCACGGGCCGCCACGUCACUGCAGGGCCACCCUGACAACAACAGCUGCAGGUAUAUCCCCAGGGGCCACCCGGUGUCUGUCCAUUUGUACUUCCUGUCAGACGUGUUCCAAGGCUACUUGGUUCGUCAACAUGCUAGUAACCUAGCAACCAGCCAGCUCGAGACCCUAGAGACUUGGGUCUCCCAUAGCAACCACUUCACCCUGGCCCCAGCAACCAACACACUCAACAGACUACAGUUUGCAGAGGUGGGUACAGACUGGGACGCCAAAGAGAGAAUCUUCAGGAACUUCGGAAGCCUCCUGGGCCCCACGGAGGAGCCGGUUGCCAUGCAACGCUGGGGCCGGGGACAGAACGUCACGGUAACCGUCGUCUGGGUGGACCCCACCAACGUCAUAGCCGCCACGUACGACAUCCUGGUGGACGGCGGGACAGAGUACACACACUACCGGCCCCCGUUAACCGUGCCGUUACGACCCGGCGUGUGGACGCUGCGAGUGUUGCAUCACUGGAACCUGCUGGCCUCCACCAGCUUUGUGGUUUCACCUCUGGAGCACCACGGCCAGCAGCCUAUACGCCAGGAAGACACAGUGAAGCUCCACAGCGGGCCGGUCCGUAACUCCUACAUGGAUCAGAGUUUCCACGGCCUCAACCCCAUCCUCAACCUCCCAGUGCACCUUGGACAGGUGGAGGAGGCGGAGUUUAAAGCAUCACUGACCGGGGCGGAGCUCCAGAGCUGGGUGGACCAUCUCCUGGCAGGGGUGUGGUCUGCAGCGGACGUGUGUUCUCAGGGUCCUAGCUCCUGUCCCGUUAUGCAGCGGUGUCGGGAGACGGGAUGGAGCGCGCUCAGUCCCGACCCAAAGUCAGAUCUGGGUCCCCCCAGAGGGAACGGACGGAUUAGGUAGCACCGUCGCCA